CGAGUGGACCCACUCGAUACCGAAAGUUGUAUAAGCAGUGAUUUUCAUUGAAAUUGUGAACAUUGUACAAUUCUACGUCCUCGCGAGUGGAUUGACAGAAAAAGAAGAUUGAUUGUUAUCAACUGUUGUCUAAAUAAAGAGAUUUACCAUGGGGAACGUAACAUCGGAUGCACCAAGAGAUCAAAGGAAGGAACCGAGCGAAGAAGCAAACUGUUUGGCAGAUUUACCGAGAACCUUCAGCGAUCUUUACAAUAAUGUGAUGAGUCUUGUAGAAGCAACAGUUGCACAGCAGGAAUAUGUGGAGCAGCUAUAUAAGAUAGCAAUAAAUGAAGCAAUGGAUGAUGCUACAAAGUUUGAUGUAUUAACAAAGGGGCGGUCCAUCUUAGAAAAUCUACAAGCUUCACGCUUCAUACAUACAACACCAGUGCAGGACUCCGUAUCGAAUCUUUAUCAUAACAUUCAAGCGAUUCUCCGCUCACAUCAAUUGAAACAAUUUGAAAUAGAUUCUCCAUUUUUACAAGAAACGAGCAAAAAAGAUUGGAAUAGACAUCAAGUAAUGCCGCAACAUCAAACAAUUGACAGUAGAUUAGUAGAUGUAGUAGCGAAUGAAGUGCACAAAAAAGAAAUGGAAAAACUAAGCAAAAAUCUAUCCAGAAGUCAGGAACAAAUACAGGAACUGAAAAAUGCAAAUUUAAAAGUUUGUGCCGAAAACACAGAGGUGCGAAAAGAACUCAAACAAACAUUAUCGUACAAUAAACAUUUACAGUACGAAAAUGAGAAAUUAUCUGGUGAAAUAGAAAAACUCAAGCCGCCAACAAUAUCAGGUACGGUUCAGCUUUAUCAUUCACACAGCGGAAAUACCAUAAAAGAUAUCGAAGAAGAAUUAAAGACAAUGCUGAAAAAUCAUUUGAAAGAUGUUAAAUUUGUCAAAUGCAACAGGAUAACAGACAUCGAUCAGUCACAGAUGCUUAUUGUCCUCAGUAUCAUUGCUUCAAGAGUAGGGACAGACGCUGCAAAUGCAAUUAAAGAUGUACCACGACCUGAAAACACGGCACUUUUGCUAUUUCAUAUCAAAGAAAUUCAUGCACUGACGAAACAAGCAAGUACUGCUGUGCUCACAGAUCGAUCAUUUAAGGACCUUGGUGGGAUAUUCGAUUUGGCCUUUGUAAAUGGAAAAGGUUUAUACCAGUGUGAAAUGAACGAAACUGCAAUGAAAAGCGUUUGUGAUUUCAUUAAGAAAGGCAUAUCAGGGACAGGUGUAUAGAUUCACAAAGCAAUCUGAAAAACAAUAUGCAGAACUUCUUUUACCAUUAUAGACAACACAAUAUUAAGUCACUUUAUCAAGUUUUUUAACAG